GCCCUAUUGCUCGCUCCAUCCAACUCCCAAUAGCCCGCAGAGCAGCUGGAGAACCCCAUUAACUGUUCAUCUAUCGGAAGCCCUUUUCAUCACAAAACAAAUCAAGAUUUCCUCAAAUCAUAUCCGAUACAAGAAACAAGUGAAUUUCAAUUAAAAUGGGGAGCUUAGGAAGAGCGAUUUACACCUUAGGAAACUGGAUUAGAGUGACGGGUCAAGCCGUGGAUCGAGUGGGUUGCCGCCUCCAAGGAAGCUACUAUUUUCAGGAACAACUUUCAAGGCAUCGGACCCUGAUGGACCUCCUUGAUAAAUCUCCCGUGGUCGAUAAGGAUGCAUUUAUUGCCCCAGGUGCCUCUGUCAUUGGGGAUGUUCAGGUUGGACAAGGAUCAUCCAUAUGGUAUGGGUCUGUCCUUCGAGGCGAUGUGAACAGCAUUCAUGUUGGAUCUGGAACUAACAUUCAAGAUAAUUCCCUAGUGCAUGUGGCUAAAUCUAAUCUAGGCGGGAAGGAACUACCAACUAUUAUUGGAAAUAACGUCACCAUUGGUCAUAGUGCAGUUAUACAUGGCUGCACAAUUGAGGACGAAGCUUUUGUUGGAAUGGGAGCUACCCUUCUUGAUGGUGUGGUUGUUGAAAAGCAUGCCAUGGUUGCUGCCGGAUCGCUUGUGAGACAGAAUACUAGGGUCCCUUACGGGGAGGUGUGGGCAGGUAAUCCAGCCAAGUUUCUCAGGAAGCUUACUGAUGAAGAGAUUGCGUUCAUCUCCCAGUCAGCCACCAACUAUAUCAAUCUUGCUAAGGUUCAUGCUGCUGAAAAUGCCAAGUCCUUUGAGGAGAUUGAGUUUGAGAAGAUGCUGCGCAAGAAGUUUGCUCGACGAGAUGAGGAGUAUGAUUCAAUGAUUGGUGUUGUUCGUGAAACUCCACCAGAACUCAUUCUUCCAGACAACAUCCUGCCUGAUAAAUCCCAGAAAGCAGUUCAAUGAGACAGUUUUGCCUUAAAUUUUGCUGUCUGGAAAUUUUAUACCGUAGGGAUAUCUGCUCCGUGCAGUAAUGUAAUAAACGGUUCGUCGUUCAUACAAAUAAAAUGCAAGAACUUGUUUAGGGGUGGAUUUAUUGAACCAACGGUAGUCGAACAUGUCGACUCGUAGCUCGGUUUUAACCAUGGUUUGUAAUAGCAAUAUGCAUGAGAAUGUGCUGCUUUUCUUGUACGUGGAAUACCUAUUGAUCACUGUGGAUUUUGGAGAAUCAAAUUUAUUUCAACAGA